GAGAACAUAUGAGUUAAGUAGACUGACAUAAGUAGAUCAAACUUUACUGUAGGUUCAUUAGUAAUCUGUGCUGUUAUACAGAAAUGUGUGAGGAGUUCUAUGCCAACACAAAAGAUUGCUACAUGGAUGGAUCUAAUACGAUGGAUGGAGUGAUGAUUUAUGAAAAUUAUAGGGUGCCAAAAUUAGAAGACAAAUCGACUGAGGACCAACAGGAAGCUGCUUCGGUAACUGUAGAUUCACGAAAGAAGAAUCUUUUCAUUGCUGCUGGAGUGUUUCUGGGUGUGCUGUGUCUUCUCACUGCAAUCGCUGUCCUGGUGAUCCAGUUCAAUGAAGACAAAAGAAACUGGAACAUAGAGAGGAGUCAGUUUGAGAUGAACAACUACAACCUGACCAAGGAAAGAGACAACCUUCAGACCAAUAACAACAGACUAGAAAGACUCAGCUUCAACCUGACCCAAAACAUGAGCCAGUUAAAUAUUGAGAAAGACAACUUGAAGGCCAUUAACAGGAACCUCAGCCAAGAAAAAAAGCAACUACACUCACAGCUUUCAAAGGCAUUGGCAGAGGCGUGUGCUUAUGGGAACAGUUUUGGUGGCAGCUGUUAUUUGUUCUCCAUCACACAAAAAACCUGGGCCGACAGCAAAGCAGAAUGUGAAAAACUUGCUGCACACCUGGUGACUAUAUCUAGUGAAGAUGAACAGCAAUUCAUCACCGGCAAGAUCAGUGAGGGACAUUGGAUUGGUUUGAGUGAUGAAGAAGAAGAAGGUACUUGGAAAUGGGUAAAUGGAGAGCCACUGAACACAACGUACUGGCUGAGUGGGGAACCAAAUAACACUGGCAAUAAUGAAGACUGUGCGGUUGUUCUCCCAUCUAAGUCUCUGAUAAACUGGAAUGAUCUUAAUUGUCAGCAGUUUCUCCGUAGAUGGAUCUGUGAAAAGUGAAUAAAUAAAUUAAAUUAAUAUAUGAAAUAAGAGUUCCACAUGGUUCGGUUGAGAUGAAGAUGUAUGAUGAACUGCUGCAGCCCCCAAACAGGAGCACCCAAAAGAAAAAAGGGUGAUUCUUGUGAUUGUUUCUUGAAUUUUCUUUCUCUGAAACUCUUAUUACAAAAUCACGGUGGCUUAGUGGUUAGCACUGUUGCCUCACAGC